GCAGCUGGGAGAAAGACUAGCGGGCCCCCGAACCCCCCGGCGCCAUUCGAAACUGUACCCUGAGGUAGUCUAGUGCCGACCGCGCUAGAUUGGAGUGUAGUGGCUCACACCGAACCACUAGCGACCGGCCGCUACCCAACGAAUAUCGAAACUUAAAGACCGCACUAAAAACAGGCCAAGAUGCCUUUCAAGCCAGCUGACAACCCCAAGUGCCCCAAAUGCGGCAAGUCCGUAUACGCCGCCGAGGAGAAGGUGGCCGGUGGCUUCAAGUUCCACAAGAUGUGCUUCAAAUGCGGCAUGUGCAACAAGAUGCUGGACUCCACCAACUGCGCUGAGCACGAGGGCGAGCUCUACUGCAAGAACUGCCACGCCCGGAAGUACGGCCCCAAGGGCUACGGCUUCGGCGGCGGCGCUGGCUGCCUGAGCAUGGACACCGGCGAACACCUGGCUGGGUACGUUGGCGAGGGUGCGCGCGCUCCCAUGGAGCCCCGCGCCAUCGCCAAGGCCCCCGAGGGUGAGGGCUGCCCUCGCUGCGGCGGAUUCGUCUACGCCGCCGAGCAGAUGCUGGCUAGGGGCAGGGGUUGGCACAAGGAAUGCUUCAAGUGCGGCGACUGUUCGAAGCGACUGGACUCCGUACGUGUGUGCGAGGGUCCAGACAAGGAUAUUUACUGCAAAGCAUGCUACGGAAAGAAGUUCGGGCCCAAGGGCUACGGCUACGGCCAGGGUGCCGGGGCCCUGCAGAGCGAUGCCAGCCUGUACACCAACGGUGAUGGGCGUGAUGGCGAGUACCUCGCCAACAAGAAGAACACGCUGAACGACGUGGCCAAGAUCCAGGCUCCCAAGGGCCAGGGCUGCCCGCGCUGCGGUGGCUGCGUGUACGCCGCCGAGCAGGUCCUCGCUAAGGGCCGGGAGUGGCAUCGCAAGUGCUUCAAGUGCAGGGACUGCACCAAGCAGCUCGACUCGAUGCUGGCCUGCGACGGCCCGGACAAGGACGUGUACUGCAAGACCUGCUACGGCAAGAAGUUCGGGCCCCACGGCUACGGCUUCGGCGGCGGCGCCGGCUUCCUGCAGACCGACGGGCUGACCGACGAGGAGAUCUCGUCCAUGCGCCCCUUCUACAACCCGGACACCACGUCCAUCAAGGCCAACCCCGGGCAGGGCUGCCCGCGCUGCGGCGGCGCCGUGUUCGCCGCGGAGCAGCAGCUGGCCAAGGGCACGAUGUGGCACAAGAAAUGCUUCAACUGCUGCGACUGCCACCGCCCGCUGGACUCCAUGCUGGCCUGCGACGGCCCCGACAAGGAGAUCUACUGCCGCGCCUGCUACGGCAAGAAGUUCGGCCCCAAGGGCUUCGGCUACGGCUUCGCCCCCACCCUGGUGUCCACCAGCGGCGAGUCCACCUGCCAGUUGGGUUUCCUUCGAUCUCUAUGCAAAUGUUGCAGCAACGACGCCCGCCCCACCCACGGACUCAAGGCCCAGGGCGGCAAGGGCUGCCCCCGCUGCGGCUUCGAGGUGUACGCCGCCGAGCAGAUGAUCAGCAAGAACAGGAUCUGGCACAAGAGGUGCUUCGGCUGCAAAGACUGCGGCCGCUCGCUGGACUCCACCAACCUCAACGACGGCCCGGACGACGACAUCUACUGCCGCGGCUGCUACGGCCGCAACUUCGGCCCCAAGGGCUGCGGCUUCGGCAUAGGCGCUGGCACCCUGACCAUGGCGUGAGCAGCGCGCCGCCCCACGCCCCGAUCUGGACCAUCUGGACCAGCCGAAUAGGCGGGCAGCGCGGGCAGCGCGGGCAGCGCAGGAGGAGAGGGCGCCCCCCUG